AAUAAAGAGGCGCAGAUAGAUAAAAAUUAGAAAAAUUAAGUUGAAAAAAUAAAUUAAAUAAAUAAAUAAAAGGAAAAAGGUCAAGAGCGACUCCGCUGCGAUCCCUCUCUCUCUUUCUCUCCAUUUUCUUUUCGGUGGUCGCAUAAUAAUCAGAGACGAAGGAGAAAGAGAGGGAAAGAGUGUAAAAAGACCAAUUUGACCUUCGUCCUCCCUCUCUUUUUUCUUUUCUUUGGUCACCAUGAACGAGAAAGCCAACGUUACCAAGGAGCUCAACGCCAAGCACAGAAAGAUCCUAGAAGGGCUUCUUAAAUUGCCAGAGAAUAGAGAAUGUGCUGACUGCAAGGCUAAGGGUCCAAGAUGGGCUAGUGUGAAUUUAGGUAUCUUUAUAUGCAUGCAGUGUUCUGGGAUCCACAGAAGUCUUGGCGUACACAUAUCAAAGGUGCGUUCUGCUACCCUGGACACAUGGCUUCCAGAGCAAGUUGCGUUUAUCCAAUCAAUGGGAAAUGAGAAGGCAAAUAGUUAUUGGGAAGCAGAACUUCCCCCAAAUUAUGACAGAGUGGGAAUUGAGAAUUUUAUACGUGCAAAGUAUGAAGAGAAGAGAUGGGUCCUUAGGGAUGGAAAACCGCAGUCACCUUCUAGAGCACGGGAAGAAAAGGCAUCCUCACAUUGGCAGAGACCUGCAGAAAGAAGUGGCCAUAGUCAUACAGGUAGCUCCGAAAAUUUGUUUGAGGAAAGGAAGAAUGCACAACCAUCAACUAAAAAAGAGAGUCUUCCUGCUACAAGAAUCAGUCUUCCCGUUCCUCCGAAAGGGCCUGAACAAGUGACUCCUGUCCCAAGAACACAAGAUGUUCAAAAAGUAGAACCUACAGUACCUCAGGCUGAAGUAACAAAGCAGGCUGCUGAAACUGCUCCUGUUGCCUCACCUCCAAAAGUUGAUUAUGCUACUGACCUUUUCAACAUGCUAUCCAUGGAUGGCCCAAGUGAGAACAGCACAGAGGCAGCAACAGCUGAUGAUAAUUCUUGGGCAGGUUUCCAGUCUGCUGAGGAAGCAACGACGACUGAGAAAACUGUUCAACCGAAACCCGUUGAGAGCAACAGCAAAUCCAUUUCAGGAAUUGAGGACUUGUUUACCGAUUCUCCUUUAUCAACACCUCCUGUUGCAGAGAAACCCCAGAAAGAUGUAAAAAACGACAUAAUGAGUCUUUUUGAGAAGUCCAAUAUGGUGUCGCCAUUUGCUAUGCAUCAACAGCAACUUGCAAUGCUCGCUCAGCAUCAGUCUCUUGUCAUGGCUGCUGCAGCUAAAUCUGCUGGGUCAGAUCCGAAAUUCCCUGGCAUUGCACAACAACCUGCAUCCAAUGGUAUUAACUUAUCUACUCAAGGUUGGCCCAAUGUUGGCUACCAAAUUCCUGGCAUGAUGAUGCCUGUAGGUGGGCAAGCUGAUCUACAGAAGCUUAUGCAGGCAAGGAACACGGGAGCGGCACACCCUGCAGGGAGCUCUCUUCCAUAUUCAACAUCUAGCUUUUUUCCAAUGGGCCAGGUUGCCCCAGCUAAUGGUGUGGCAACUUCAGCAGCGAGCAAAACUCAAUCACCAUCUCCAGUGCCAUCAGCAUCUCCUACACAAACCGGAAAAGAUUAUGAUUUUUCGUCCUUGACACAAGGGAUGUUCGCAAAACAGUGAGUAGCCUCUUGGGGGUGAUAAUGCUGCUUGUCAUACUAUACAGAAAUAGUUGAAUUACAGAAAGAUAGCUCAUGUUUUUUUGUUUUUUUUGUAAUUUUUUUUUUCCACCUGUACUGGGGUUGUAAACUAUGUGUAGAGGGCCUAGAGGCAGUAACAAUUUUCCAUUUUUCAUCUCUGGUUGGUUUUCAUCAUUUGUAAGACUAGGUGUAUCAGGAGGAGUAAUAAGACGAUUCUUGAAUGAUUGGAAUUA